UUUAAAUUUCGUAAUAGACAUGUACUCCGUUCAAGAAAGUACUCAAACAAAACCCCAAAGAUAUUUUCUCUCUUCAAAAGUCAAACCGCUAUUCGCAGCUGCUCUUCAUUCCUAAAACCCUCUAACAAAACCACCAUGUUAUAGUUGUAUUAUCACCUCUAAUCGGCGGCGCCUUUUCCCUUUUAGGUUUUCAAUUGGGACUUCCAACCGCCUCUCCUUCUCCGUCGCUGCUAUUCUCGGUGUUCACGACAUUGUGAAAUUGUGGAUAGUGACGUCAAUAGGUUGGCAGAAGUUUUGAAGAGAUUGUUUGAGUCUCCCACUGCUGUUGGCUAUGCCCUUGCUGAGUACGACCGAAUUGAUUUAUCCGAGAGCUUGGUUGAAAAGAUUUUGCUGAAAUUUUGUAAUGACUGGAUCCCUGCAUUUGGGUUUUUCAAAUGGGCGAAAGGUCAAACUGAUUUUAUGCCUUCAGAGAACUGUUACAAUUUGAUGGUUGAUAUACUGGGGAAGUCAAAGAAAUUUGAAUUAAUGUGGGAGUUGCUCGAGGAGAUGCAUAAGUUGGGAGGGUUAGUUUCAAUUGUCACAAUGAGUAAAGUUAUCAGAAGACUUUGUAGAGCUAGGAAAUGUGAUGAUGCUGUUGAGGCAUUUAAGAAAUUUGAGCACUUUGGCCUGAUUAAAGACACUUCAGCAAUGAACAUACUAAUGGAUUCUUUGGUGAAAGAAAGGGAUGUUGAGCGGGCUCAAAAUAUAUUUUUGGAGUAUAAGGAUGAAAUAGCCCUGAACUGUCGCACUUUCAAUAUCUUGAUUCAUGGUUGGUGUAAAGCCAAGAAAUAUAACGAAGCAAGAAAAGUAUUGGAAGAGAUGGAAAAACAUGGUUGUCUUCCUGACGUGGCAUCGUAUACUUGUUUUGUUGAGUCAUAUUGCCAAGCAAAAGAUUUCAGGAAGGUUGAUGAGAUUUUGAAUGAAAUGCAGCAAAAAGGUUGUCCCCCUAAUACAGUGACUUAUACUAUUGUGAUGCUUGCUUUGGGGAAAGCUAAAGAAAUAAAUGAAUCCUUGGAGAUCUAUGAGAAGAUGAAGCAAAAUGGCUGCGUUCCUGAUGUUGGGUUCUACAGUGCCUUGAUUUUCAUCAUGAGCACUUCCGGAAGGUUUAAGGAUGCUUGUGAUAUUUUCAAUGAUAUGCCAAAGCAGAAUGUUGCUCCUGAUGUCUUGACAUACAAUACCAUGAUCUCUGCUGCUUGUCAUCAUUCAAAAGAAGAAUAUGCUCUUGAAUUACUCAAAGAAAUGGAGGAGAAAUCUUGUAAACCCAAUGUUACGACUUAUACACCAUUGCUGAAAAUGUGCUGUAUGAAGAAGAGAAUGAAGGUGCUCAAGUAUUUGAUAGAUGACAUGUUUUUGAAAAAUGUAAGUGUUGACUUCUCAACAUAUUGCCUUCUGGUGGAUGGGUUAUGUAAGAGUGGGAAACUGGAGCAUGCAUGUUCCUUCUUUGAACUAAUGGUCUUAAAAGGAAUGGUUCCUGGGGAUAACAGAUACCUGUCGUUGAUUAAAAAACUUGAGCAGAAAGGCAUGACGAAAGCAAAGCAGCAGAUUGAAAGCUUAAUGUCAAAGGCAAAAUUAUCACCCGCUUAGUAGGACUUAUGGUCAAAGAUGAUGGUUGCAAUUGUGACUAAGGUGGUAGAGUUUAUAGCGGAACUCAUUCUAAGUUCCCACUUUCUGCUUUUUUUGCGUAUUAUAACAUGAUUACAUGACACAUAUCACUAGUUCUUGAUAUUCGGUUGCCGAAGAAGCGUUGCAAAAUGGAGAAUCUGAGCUUGAAGUGAUUUGGUCGUUAGAAAGGAUUUUUGUUUUUUGUAAUUUGCUCGAGUUUCGUUUUAUUCUGACGUGUUCCUGUGCUUUUACAAGUACUCAAGUGUUUUUUUUUUCUGUUCUUUUGUAGGCUUACCUGUUCCAUUGUUUCAGUUUGUCAUUAAUGAUUAAUUGCAUCCAGUAUUCCAGUUAACAGAUCUUGGAUUAUCAACCUGUUGAUAGUUUGAUA